CCUCCUUCACAUUCCAGGCCUGCCCAGGCUCCUCUCCAAAGGUUUCAAAGAUGGAGCCUCUCACAACUAGUUAUCCUCUGAAAUACUCAGUGCACAAAGCCAGGAUCUUUGCUGUCUUCCUGUCAAUGGUUUUGUGCACCACCAUUCUCUGCCUGCUGCAACUCAGGUUUUUCAAACCUAAAAUCAAAGAUUUCUAUUCUUUUGAAGUCAAGGAUUCGCGAGGAAGGAAUAUUUCCUUGGAGAAGUACAGAGGGAAAGCAACUUUGGUUGUAAACGUGGCCAGUUACUGCCAAUACACAGACAAAAAUUACAUCGCCCUGCAAGAGCUGCACAGAGAGUUUGGUCCCUCCCACUUCACUGUGCUGGCGUUUCCCUGCAACCAGUUUGGAGAAUCAGAGCCUAGUUCAAGCCAGGAAAUAGAAUCUUUUGCCAAAGGAAACUAUGGAGUAACAUUCCCUGUUUUCCACAAAAUCAAGAUCCUAGGAUCAGAAGCAGAUCCAGCCUUUAAAUUUCUAAUAGAUUCUUCAAAGAAAGAGCCUCGAUGGAAUUUCUGGAAGUACCUUGUCAGCCCUGAGGGUAAAGUUGUGAAAUUUUGGAGACCUGAAGAGCCAAUAGAAAGUAUCAAACCAGAGGUAACAUCAUUAAUCAGGCAGAUUAUCAUGAAGAAAAGAGAAGACCUCUGAAAAAGCCACUCAACGCCAUGGGUAUACAGCCUUUCUACAUUCCUGGGAAAUGUUGCUAGAAGCUAAACCAUCAGGUGACUUUGCUACUCUUUAACUUUGGUGUUUGCAACUUGUUUACUAGUUCUGGAUUGGCUCCUGCCGUGGCCUCAAGAAACCAGCCCAGUGAGGUGCUCAGGACUUUGCAGGGAGGGACUAUCAAUUUGCAAAAAGGGUUUAUGAUUUCCUUUUUUGAAUUGCUGACAAUAGCUAAUUAAAAAUGUCAUCUGCAGGUAAAUAGUUAGAAAGAAGGUUUACUAAUAAAUUACUCAUAUUUACACAGUUUUUUUUCCCCAUUAUACCAGUAACACAAGAUUUUAUACUCCAUUAACACAUAAUUGCCCUGUCAUGAAAGACAUGGGACCCAGAGACAUCCAUAACAGGGUUUCACGUAUGUAACUGAAGAUAUCAGCUUUGCAAUAUCUUCUCAAGGAAGACUACUGAAUUGUGAAGCUGCCAGUUGCAAAAAAAAAAAAAAAAAAAAAGUACAUAGAAAAUAAAAUUAUUAAAAGAAGCACAAAAAUUGAAAUAAAGUUUGUUUGCUGCUACAUAUUUUACAUUUCAGUUCUCCAACACCUGUAAAGCCCUCAACCUUCUCCAUACAUUUGUGCUGCAGUACAGUGCCUCAGAUGUGAGCUCCUCUCCUGGUGGGUUAUUUCUCUUCUGACCUGGAUGAAGGCAGGGCCUGUGUAAAUAUUCAUGGUUACUUACCAAAGGAUUCAGGGGGCAGCUAAAAUCAAGAGCCUGGCACUCUUACAAACAUCUUUCUGACACAGUCCAAAAAAAUGCUCCCCAGCCACCCAUCUACCUCUCAUCUCUAGAACAAAAUGGCAACCUUCAAGGAGAAGUAGAAGGGGAUGCAGGCUCAUGACUCAAGCCCCACUCUUCUCACCUUGCAAACUCCUCAGUCCUGCCUGUAACUGCAUUUCCAGUUCUGUUCCUCUCUUCCACUACAAACUGCCAAGAAUUUUGAUUUAUCUGUUUGAAUGGAGAUAGAAAACUUGAGUAAGAAACCUCACUCCAGCUGUCCAUGCCUUGAAGAAGGGCUGAGAUAAUAGGAAUGAGAAAAACCUGUGUCUCAGUAGAAUAGUGACAUUUUCUAUAUGAAAAGGAUGGGUAGAAUUAGUGCUGUUCUCUUGUAAGACUAACAUUGGUUGAAAAUACCUAAAAGUGCUUCAAAACUUUUUCCAGUAAAAACAGCCACCCAACUGUAAAAAAAAAAGUGAGAAAUUCAAGAGCAAUUUUUUUAAAAAUAGGGGGGUUUUCAUGCACUUAUUGAAUUAAUUGAGAAUUUUACAAAAAAUCUAUGAAGAUUGAGUAAUAAUACUGAUGUGCAAGAUUAAACAAAGUCACUCUCAAUAAUGGCAAGCCCCUUUUUGGAAAGGAACUCAAACUUCAUGUGUGACAAUUUUAUCCACCCAAAACUUCAGAACCCAGUUAAGAACUAUGUAAAAGUCUCAUUAGACAAAACAAGCCUGCUGCUGGCGUUUAGACUAGGCUCUGAACUGUUUGCCAUUGUCCUGCAAGAUUCCACAUCAAAUCUGCCAAGACAGUGCCUAUUUUUAUGCUGAGGUCUUGCAUUUUACUCCUUUCUCCUCCUGCAUGUACAGUGAGAACACAUAAUGGGACAUGUCAGGUGAUUUUUGUCACACAUCUCUGCUGCUUUGAUGGAGCAGGAAGGGAACUGAGAUAUGGACCCUCUCCCCUCACUGGGAGCAGUUGAUGGCCCAUGGAACUAAGUGUCAGGACACAGUGUUUUGCCCAUAAAAGGUGGAUAUGUUAAUUGGAAAAUGUACAAGCCUAAAACAUGCAUGUCUGUUCAUGUGAACUACCAAAGCUCCCUGGGUUUUGUAUCACUGAAUAAAAAAUGGUAGGUAUAAAGAAAUGUUGGGUGCUGUUAGUGCAAGUCCCCAAAAAAAAGCUUGUUUUAGUCCUGGUACUGCCUGAGAGUUAUUCAGCAAAUGGGAAAUUUCACCUGGGUCCUUGAAACACUCAAGAUGAACAGUGAGGCAUGAUUUUCUUGUUUGAAAGGGAGCGGGAGGGAAGGAAAUGUGUGCACCUUGUUUGUGACUCACUUGCUAAAGCUCAUAUUGUUUUCCAGAGGACACAGUGUAAUCUUGAAUAUCUCAAUGCCAGCAUUGAGAUCAAGUGUCUUUGCUGGUAUUCAAAAAUAGCAUGUGAUAUUAGCAAACAAGUGGACAGAAUUACUUAACUCACAGCUUCCUGAAUCAUAUUCAGAGUCCAGAGUCCUAAAGAAAGAAGAUUUUGUCCGAGAAAACAGUCAUGGAACUCCUCAUUCCACUAUUUAGUCACAAUGCAGAGACACAACCAUCUUCCGAAGUAAUUUCAAUAUAGGUACCCUUCAGUACUGAUUCUACACAGUGUAAGGUUUUCAAAAUUCACUGUUGAUUAACAUUCCUCAACAAAUUAACAUUCCUCCUUAACAAAAGCUCUGUGUUUUUGUAUUACUUAUACAUCAUGAGACAUGCCAGGUCCUGCAAUAUAAUAUUUAGGGCAGACCACUGAUAAACUAAUCACUUCUUUCUUAAAAGUAUGUUACCAAUUAUUUGGUAAACAUGAAGCAUCUAAUGGCCAAAUCUGCACAAACUUGUGAGAAGCAAGCAAAUAAAAUGAAAGUCAGAAUAUGUUAUUCAAACAAACAUUUAUCUAUAGUCAAAAGCCAAGGAAGCAGUGUGAAUGUAUGUCUGUAUAAAUGUUCACUUAGAGUUACUUUAAAAUACAACAUAUAAAAAUAUAAGCUCCAACACUUUAAACAGAUUGAAACCUAUUUCUUAGAUUCCUGAAUAAUCUCCCCACUUGAAGAUUAAACAUCCCUCCUAUGAUGCUUAACAAAGGUCAGUCCAUGAGUGAAAAAUUUAUUUUAUUUCCAUUUGAGCAAAACCUAUUGCCUCUUUCAUCCUAAUCCUUCAUUCCCACCUCAAGGUCCCUUCAUUCCUUAGGUCUGACAUAUCCUUAUUUUCUCAAACAAAUACCAUUGAACUGUGAGCUUCUCUUUCCAAAAAGUUGCCUGGCAGUGAAAAUAUUCUAAAUCCAUUUCAGUCACAGCAGCAUAUGUUCCUGUAAAUUCAAGUAUAAUACUUGUUUGCUGAGCCAACACAUCAAUGUUCCUUCAAUAUUUAGCGGUGUAAGGGAAACAUACUCAUAUAGGGUUCAAACCUGAAACUAUUACUUAAUGUUUACAUAAUUCAGUAGAUUGUUUAUAAACCAGUUGGGGUAGCUGUAUAACUGCAUGACAUACAACUGCAUUUACUUCUAUACUCUCAGUUACACCUUAUUUUAAACUCUUCGUUCACUCAGUCUGCAUAACCUAUCACAUCUCCCUUUGGUCAGGGGAACCAGGCUGGCACUGGAGCAGAUAGGAACCCAUGAAAUAUUUAAACAGCAGCGUUUAUAUUCUUGUCUGGACUGUGAAGUGCUAAUCUGACAGUGUAGUCAGUUGCUGGUGUGUGAGGAACAGCUAACUAACAAUACACUGCCUGAUCACCACACACAACAGUGGGAUGGCUGUCGCUCUGCACACCUUCACCAACACUGCUGCUCUUUCUCUUCACGGUCCAUGGCCACGUUCAGCAGCACCUAGAUAAAACAAGUAACAACAAAGAGUGUCUUUGGCACUCUGUAGAUGCCUGAAUAGCCAAGAUGGGGAUAAAAUUAACACUGUUGGCUGUGACAGCAAGUUUGGAGAAGCUCACAGUGUAACAUGAAUCAAAAAGAUCAGUGUGCUUCCAGCCUUUAUCCUUCCACAUAUAGUGCUAUGUCCUGUUCACACUGUGUGGUUGGUGAGACUAUGUGCAGCUGUUUUAAUGCAUUGGUGUUAACAAAUUAAGUUAUCUGGAGAAGCAAUGAGAGAAGAAAGGCUCUAAGAUUGACUUUUUAAAUCACAUACUAUGGAAAGGUAAUUAUUUUUUUCAGAUAUAGUAUUUAGGAAGUUAGUGAAAGUGACUUUAAGCCAUUUAGGAAUCUAAUUACUCAAUUAAAAACAAACAAGCAAAAGUCACCUCUCAAAAACUAUCAAGCUGCAUUUGUCAAAUAUUACUAUCAAAAAAUUAAAAUCAAACAUAAAAUGCA